CAUUUUUCUUCUCUUAUCUCCGACCAAGUUAUUUGAAUCCUCUCGGCUCUCCUAAUGACGUAAUGUUAUUAAAUUCUCAGUGACUUUUAGAGAAUAGAGAUUAUUGUUUUACUUGCUGUGCGUAAAGGCUGUUUGUUUACAAUUCGAUAGAUUUGCACCGAAUCAAACAUGGCAUUGAAAGCUGUUGUCGGACAAAAGAUUAUGAAUGAGGUCAUUAAACAGAAGGGCGUAAAAAAGGGGGCUGACAAAGGAAUAGAAUGGCGUGUAAUGGUGGUUGACCAACUGGCAAUGAGAAUGAUAUCGGCCUGUUGUAAGAUGCAUGAAAUAUCCGCUGAAGGAAUCACUAUUGUUGAAGAUUUGCAAAAAAAACGAGAGCCUUUGGCUACUUUGGAAGCUGUUUACUUGAUUACUCCUAGUGAAAAGUCAGUCGCAGCCCUCAUUAGAGAUUUCUCCAGUCCAGGGAAGUCCAUGUAUAAAGCUGCUCAUGUUUACUUCACUGAGGUGUGUCAAGAAGAACUGUUUAAUGAACUGUGCAAAUCGAUUGCUGCCAAAAAAAUUAAAACUCUCAGAGAGAUUAACAUCGCUUUUCUACCUUAUGAGCGUCAGGUGUUUUCUUUAGAUUCUCGUGAAACGUUUCAAUGUUAUUAUAAUCCAUUACUAGUGAGUAGUCGUGUCCCUAAUAUGGAACGCAUAGCAGAGCAGAUUGCUACGGUUUGUGCUACAUUAGGAGAAUACCCAUCAGUUCGAUAUAGAAGUGACUUUGAACGUAACGCUGAAUUAGCACAGAUUGUUCAGCAAAAAUUAGAUGCUUACAAAGCAGAUGAACCAACUAUGGGUGAAGGUCCCGAGAAAGCUCGUUCACAGUUAAUUAUACUUGACAGAGGAUUUGAUUGUGUAUCUCCUGUUUUACAUGAGCUCACAUUCCAAGCGAUGUCUUAUGAUCUUCUGCCUAUAGAAAAUGAUGUUUAUAAAUAUGAAGCCACAGCAGGCGCAGCCCUUAAAGAAGUAUUGUUGGAUGAAAAUGAUGAGCUUUGGGUGGAGUUAAGACAUCAACAUAUUGCUGUUGUAUCUACGAAUGUGACAAAAAAUUUAAAGAAAUUCAUUGACUCUAAGCGUAUGUCAGCUGUUGGUGAGAGUAAAUCUUCUAUGCGAGAUCUGUCAACAAUGAUUAAGAAAAUGCCUCAAUACCAAAAAGAAUUAAGCAAGUAUUCCACUCAUUUGCAUUUGGCUGAAGAUUGCAUGAAAUGCUAUCAAGGUAAUGUGGACAGACUAUGUAAAGUUGAACAAGAUCUGGCUAUGGGUACAGAUGCUGAAGGCGAGAAGAUCAAAGAUCACAUGAGAUGCAUUGUGCCAAUACUAUUGGAUCAGAAUACAUCUAGCAAUGAUAAGAUGAGAAUUAUUAUAUUGUAUGUUUUGUCUAAAAAUGGAAUAUCUGAAGAGAAUCUUAACAAACUGGUACAACAUGCUCAACUAUCACCAGCUGAUAAACAAGCUAUUGUAAAUUUGAACUUGCUUGGUAUAAAUACUAUUGUGGAUGGUAACAGAAAGAAGCAGUACCAAAUACCACGUAAGGAGCGCAUUACUGAACAGACAUACCAGAUGUCUCGCUGGACACCCGUGAUCAAAGAUUUAAUGGAAGACUGUAUUGAAGACAAAUUGGAUGCUAAACAUUUUCCUUUUCUAGCUGGUAGAGCUGCUUCAUCUGGAUAUCAUGCACCAACUAGUGCGCGAUAUGGACACUGGCAUAAAGAUAAGGGACAGCAGUUAAUAAAAAACGUGCCCAGAGUAAUAGUGUUUGUGAUUGGAGGAGUAAGUUUUUCUGAAAUCAGGUGUGCAUAUGAAGUCACUAAUAACUUCAAAAACUGGGAGGUGAUAAUAGGUUCGUCACAUGUUCUAACUCCAGAAGACUUCCUCAACAACUUGUCUGCCUUAAGUCAAUAAAUCUGUCCAAUUCUUCCACGCAUCACACUGUUAUGUUUUUCCAAAGUAUUACUUAAUGUAGCCUUAUAAAUCGUGAUUUUUUUUUAUUUAGCAUAGAGUUAAAUACUAAUAAAAAAAAAUCUUUUACUUAUGGGUUUGUAAGAACUUGUCAGUAUUUUCAUUGCUUAAAAAUCAUUUCCUAAGUAUUUUUAAACUAGCUUUUUAACGCAAUUAAUUCAGUCUUAUUAUCACCACAACGUAUUAUAUCUGUUUUAUUAUAAGUUAUUAUUUGUUAUUUAUUUAAAUUAAUAAUUAAAAAUUUUAUUUGGUAAUAAGUUAGUCAUUUGAAUAACUUUCAUCAUUAUUGUUAUAAUUUUAUUUUACUUAUUAUAGUUUUAAAACAGUUUAUAAUAUACAUAUUAUGUAUGUUCUAGACAUAAUUAUUUCUUUUAACGGACAUUCCGCAUUUAUAUAAACAUUAACUUAUUUAUUGAAUUUUAUCACAUUUUUAACCAUUAUAUUAUUAAUAUAGAUGAUAGAAUAAUUAUUGUAAUUUGGAUUAUUAAAAACAUUAAUAGAUUUAUUUCAUAUUAAUUUGAUUUAAUUUUGUUUUUUCUAAUUUUACUUCCAGCUUUUACUAAAAAAGUUUUUAUUAUUGUCCAAACUAUUGUUGUUUUAUUAGUACCUACUUAUCGAGCUUUUAAAUGUUUAUACAUAAAUAGCCUCAAUAUUUUAAAGAAUUAUAGAUAUUUAUAAUGUAACUUUUUAUCAUUACAAUAUAUUAAUAUAUUAUUACAAUGGGUUCUCUUAUUUACGCCACUCAUUGAUGGAAUUCGCAUAAAUGUUUUAGUAAUAUUAACUUUCGGGAGCAAAAUAUUUUGUUCUUAUCAAUGUGUACUAUACUUAUUUUAUUGUGUUAUUUUGUUCAUUUAUCUAUCUAUAUAAUUAUAGAAUUUGUUUAUUAUUUAGGUACAAUUUUUUUUAAAAUAUAAUAUACAUUAUUUAUUUUCUUUUAAUAUUAAAUAAUAAUUAACAUUUUAAUUACAAAUAUGAAAUAUUAAAAUCUUUUGAAAAUACUUCAAUUUUAAAGAUUUCAGAACUUGUAUUAAGUAGAAAUGUAAUACUAUGUAGAAUGUACACAAUACAUAUAUUUCUCAAGUCAAUAUCUUAAUAUUUUACGAGUUAAUCUGUUUUUUAUUUUAUUUGAUUUAAUUGGCUUUUUCAAUCAGAUUAGAAACGAGACGAUAUUUUUAUUGCAAUUGUAUUAUAUUCAAUUGAAAUGUUUGGAAUAGUUGAUUUUGCUCCUAAUUUGUUUACUUUCAUUAAUUUAUAUAAAAUAAUAAUUUAAUUUCUUUAAUCAACUUUAAAAUAUAUCUAUUUAACAGAAUCU